UUAAUUUAGUUUGUUCGCGCAUUCAGACCCUUACAGUUCAUGUAUUGUAUUUUGUACAUCAACCAACACCAACCAACCUACCAAAUAAAUAAAUACAUGCUGACAAAAACCGCCCGAAAAAAGCAUCGACAAUUAGAACAGCAAGCGAGAAAUAUUUGAACAAAUUUGAACGAGCUUCUUGUAGGAGGACGGAAGCAAGCAAGCAAAAAAAAAAGCUCUAAAUUAACCGUAAACACAGCAAACGCAUCGACAAAAAAAGAAAGAAACGUGAAAAAGCAAGUGUAAAGUCAGCUGUGCGAAAUUAUUUAUUGUUUUUUGCAUAAGAGAAGAUUCAAGUGUCAAUUGUGAAAAGUGUGCCCAAGUAUUAGCAAUCAAAGCGUAGUAAAGAAAAAAUAAAUACCUAAUAACACAACCGAGAAAAGAAGCUAACGAAAGUGAGAGCAGUGUAAUGGCUCAACUGCGAUCCGUGAGCUGUCAACGUUCAAUUAAAUUGGUCUACUACUCUUGCAACAGUCCAGGCAACAGCAGCGGUCUCUUGGCGGCAGCCUCGCGACCUCUCCAUACCGAUGCCUUAAGAAACCGCAAACAACACCACCUACAGCAGCAGCAACAACAACAGCAAUCUAAUCAUCAUCAGCAACGACUUCUGCAACGCCAUCUGCAGCAGCAGCUCUUCUGGCAAUCCCCUUUGUUGGGGGCACGUUGCCUCAACUCGGCCGAACAGCAGCGGCAACACGCUCAAGCGGCGCUCGCCGAGAGCAAAGAUGAGAAGAACGCCGGAGACGGUCGCAGGCCAAAAGGCGCUGCGAGAGCGCCACCUAACUUCGAAGGAACGCCGCAACGCGAUCCCCUCGAUGUCAGCUUCAAUGAUCCCAUUGCGGCAUUCAAGAGCAAGACAACCUGGGAGCUGGUCCGUGCUUACAUGGUCUACAUGAUCUGCAGCAGCGAGAAGCUCGUGGAGCACAAUAUGAAGCUUUUAAAAGUUGCUCGCACCGUAUUGGGCAGCAAACUGUUCGUCCUGCUGAUGAAGUCCAGCUUCUAUGGACACUUUGUGGCCGGCGAAAAUCGCCACACGAUUGUUCCCACGCUCGAGAGACUUCGCUCGUUUGGCGUUAAGCCCAUCCUUGAUUAUUCCGUCGAAGAGGACAUCACCCAGGAGGAGGCCGAGAAGCGUGAAGUUGAAUCUUCCGUUUCGAGCGCUGGCGAUGAUGGCAACAAAGACGCUGGCGCCUUGCCUCAGUAUCAUGUCGACAAAUCGUUUGCGGAUCGUCGCUACAAGGUGAGCAGUGCUCGUACCUAUUUCUAUCUGAAUGAGGCAACCUGUGAGCGCAACAUGGAGAUAUUCAUCAAGUGUCUGGAAGCUGUUUCGGCCGAUGAUGCCAAGGAGCCGCGUGCUCAGGCCACUGGCGCCACCUUUGGCACUGGCAUCACCGCCAUCAAACUGACCGCUUUGGGCCGUCCACAGUUGCUGUUGCAACUAUCCGAGGUCAUUAUGCGCACACGUAAAUACAUGGAGGCACUUGUCGGCGGUCAAGGCAAUGUGUUGACCCAUCACAAGACGAUCAAGGAUCUCGAGCAGUAUUACGCUGGCGUUCACGACAACAAGGAUGUCCAACAGUUCUUGCAGAAUGUCACAUCCGACAAAGAGGGCAUAUUGCAUCUGUUUCCAUGGUCUGGCAUUGUGGACGAGGAUUCGCAGUUGAGCGAAACAUUUCGGGUGCCCGAUCCGACAACAGGUCAGAUGCGUCGACUGAUCUCACAGAUAUCACCCAAAGAGGAGGAGAUGUUUAGAAAUAUGAUACGUCGUCUAAACACAAUUGUAAAGACUGCCGCUGAGUUGGAUGUGCGCAUCAUGAUCGAUGCGGAGCAGACCUAUUUCCAGCCAGCGAUCUCGCGCAUUACGCUGGAGAUGAUGCGCAAGUACAAUAAGAACAAGGCCAUAGUAUUCAACACCUAUCAAUGCUAUUUGCGCGAAGCUUUCCGUGAGGUGAGCAACGAUCUAGAGCAGGCGAAGCGUCAGAACUUUUACUUUGGCGCCAAGCUGGUGCGUGGCGCGUACAUGGAACAGGAGCGUGCACGUGCCCAGGCUUUGGGCUAUGCUGAUCCCGUGAAUCCCAACUACGAGGCGACCACAGAUAUGUAUCACAAGACCCUCGCCGAGUGUCUGCGUCGCAUCAAGGUCAUGAAGGAUUGUGGUGAUGAACCUGGCAAAAUUGGCAUCAUGGUUGCCUCGCACAACGAAGACACGGUGCGCUUUGCCAUUGAGAACAUGAAAUCGAUUGGCGUCUCGCCCGAGGACAAAGUGAUUUGCUUUGGCCAAUUGCUCGGCAUGUGCGACUACAUCACGUUCCCACUGGGUCAAGCUGGCUACUCGGCUUACAAGUACAUACCGUACGGACCCGUCGAGGAGGUGCUGCCGUAUUUGUCGCGUCGUGCGCAGGAGAACAAGGGUGUGCUCAAGAAGAUCAAGAAGGAGAAACGGCUGCUGGCCAGCGAGAUUCGUCGACGCAUCUUCCGCGGCCAGAUCUUCUACACUCCCAAGGGCAACUAUGUGCCCAUUUAAACGAUCUUAGCUAAUAUCGAUCGUCGACUCUCGAUCCACACACAUCAUCCAACAAUCGACACCCGACAGCGAAACUAAAGACACGAACGAAAAAGCAAGUGACAGAAGACAGACAGAGAUGAUGAUGAUGGUGAUGUUGAUGUUGAAGUUUGGAGGAGUUACAUUUAAUUAACUGUUUUGUUCCGUUCUAAGUGUGUUUUAAUGUUAGACGUGCGGCUAUUAUAUAUAUUCAUACAUAUAUAUAUGUUAACAUAUAUAGAAGAAGAACCUUGACGCAUUUGGUAAAGUGAAAUGAGAUGAGAUGAGAUAAGAUGAGUUGAACUGAGAUGAAUAACAAAACAGAAAACAGAAUCAUAUGCGAAAUAUUUUAAUUCCUUUUUCAAAGUAAUGUAGUAAUAAUAUUCAAAUCAAGUUCGACUUCUCUAUGUAUGUUUAAAAAGUAAAAGUAAAAACAGCAAAACCGCAAAUAAAGCCCAAAACCAAAUGAUUAUUAUUAAACUUACAGCAGGAAAAGAGAACAAAUUAGUUAAUUAUAAUAAUAAUUGAAUGAUUUAUAAUAAUGAAGAUGAUGAUAAUGAUAGCGACGCGGAAACACGAAACACACACACACAUGACAUUUUUAGCAACUUAAUCGUAAGGAUAAAGUAUAAUAAUAAUAUUAUAUACAAUAUACGAGAGCAAGCUGUUUAUACUAUAUACGAUAUUACUAUAUAUAUAUACAUAAAUAUAUAGAGAGGAAGAUAUACAUAUAUAUGUAUAGUCAAUAGAGUCUGUGGCUGCAUUUUAGUCCAUUGAAAUUGUUCUGCUUCUCGUUUCAACUUUGUUUGUUGUGUGUGUUUUUUGUAGAAACAAAAAAAAAAAAAAACAAGUCAUACUCGUAUUCGUAUUUGUAUUUGUAUUCAUAUUCGAUAUUCGUAUUCGUAUGCGCUUAGCCUGCUUUCUCCUCCUCAUUCUGUGUGAUCUAUUACUAUUAUUUGAUAUAUGUUCCCUUAAGCAUUAAGCAGUCUCUCAAUUGCAGUUCUGUUCCUUCUUAAAAGAUACUAUAUAUAUAGUAUAUAAAAUAUAUAUGCCACCCAGGGAUACACCUAAAAACAAAAACCUAAUGAUUUAUUAUGUUUAUGAUUACGAUUAUUAUUAUUAUGAUUAUGCUUAUUUUUAUUGUAUUUUUAAUUUAGAGAUUGUAAACGAAUUGAUAAAUAAUCACAUUGUACUUGUUAAUCUCGCUUUCGCUCUUCACACACCUUCAAUCCUUUCUCUCUCUCUUCGUUUCCGUUGUGUUCAGUUUUUAUCGCAUAUAUCUAUAA